AUUCCUCUUCCUCCUGCACUUAAAGGGGAAGUUCACUCAUGAACGUGAUGUGGCUGCAGCCGCAUCCUGGUUUAUGAAUUUUAAAAUAAAUAUUAUAUUAUUAAUAACAAUUAUAAUAAUAAUAAUAAAUAUGAAUAAGUUGAAAAUAAAACGCAAUUAAUGCCCAGGAAGAAAAUAAAACAGGUAAGAAAAAAUAUAUGGAGCGAAGCAAAUGAAAUAAUAAGCUUUUUUUAAAGGUAUAUACACAAAAUCCACAGUUUCCUGAAGUGAAAAUCUCCAUUCAUUUUCUCCAUCAACAUUUUGAUAAUGUCAGAACCAUCCGAGGUCGUCCGAGAUCUGAAAUCCGAGAUCCUUGUUUUCAGAAAAACAUGUUUUAUUUGUGAUGUCAUUGAGAAUGAACUACACUACCCACAAUCCCUAAAGUGCAACAACGACGUCUCCGAUUGGUGGAGCUCGCUUGUUGCCAUGGAAAUGUUUACGGCGCCCGUACACAAGUUAGGAUAUAUUACAAUACUUUAGGAUGAUGAAGGUUAAGUCAAGAGGAAAAUAAACUGUCGGUUGGAAGUCAUUGGAAACGUAUUCUCAAUGGCUUAUGGGAUGUGUAGUUCCUUCACUCUUGAAAUAAUUAUGUACAGUCUUGUACCUUUGCACUUUUCGCCGUUUCCAUGUUUUAUAUUACCGAAUCAUCACGUGGUUUAUAAAAAAAACUAUCAUCGUCAUCUACUGUGCGUGUCACAUGUCCACUAGAUGGCGCUGGUGCCAGCUAUUUGCCGUGACACGCGGAACACAUUUCAUUUCUUUUGUUUUGACACGUCAGCUGUAGGCGCCGGACACAUUUGAUCGCUGCACCGCCGGCGCCGCCGCCACUUCCUGACUUCUCCUCUUCUUCUUCCUCGUCUCGUCCCCGUGGUGAUAGUUCAUCUGCUGCUCUGACGUCUGGACCGUUCGUCUCCCCGGUGUUUCUUCUUCUUCUUCUUCCUCUUCUUCCUGUGACCGUCGUCCGGUCGCCGCCUCUGGCUCCGUCGCUCCGGGUCGUCGUCGUCCGUCGGUCUGACAUGUUGUCGUCGUCUUCAGAUUCUCUGAGGACGCCGCGGCAGGUUUGAUGCUCCAGCUGCUCCGACAUGGAGCCGUCAGCCGUGAUCACGCACAAGAACGGGCGGCAGAGGAAGCCGGCCGCUUCCAGCUUCGCCAACAUGAGCGCGAGGGACGCGAGCGCCUCCGAGCCGGAGGCAGGAGAAGAGGAGGAGGAGGGUCUGAUACGCGGGUCGGAGGAGGAGGAGGAGGACUGGAGGGGGCCUGCGGUGCGACCGGGGGUCCACGGCCAGCUGGGCAACGUGUCGCUGCUGCUGUUCCUCUACGUGCUGCAGGGGAUUCCUCUGGGCCUGGCCGGCAGCAUCCCGCUCAUCCUGCAGGGCAAGAGCGUCAGCUACAAGGACCAGGCCUUCUUCAGCUUCGUCUUCUGGCCCUUUAGUCUCAAGCUGCUGUGGGCGCCGCUGGUGGACGCGCUCUACUGCAGCCGCUUCGGCCGAAGGAAGUCUUGGCUGGUGCCCACUCAGUACCUGCUGGGCCUCUUCAUGCUCUACCUCUCCAUCACGGUCGAUUCACUGCUGCAGAGUGAAGGAGGACCGAAUAUUCUGAUACUCACCGCCGUCUUCUUCAUGCUCGCCUUCCUGGCAGCCACGCAGGAUAUCGCCGUGGACGGCUGGGCCCUCACCAUGUUGUCCAGAGAGAACGUGGGUUACGCGUCCACGUGCAACUCCGUGGGCCAGACGGCCGGAUACUUUCUGGGCAACGUGCUCUUUCUGGCUCUGGAGUCGCCGGGCUUCUGCAACAAAUACCUCCGGGCGACGCCCAGGGACAAAGGCAUCGUCACCCUGUCGGACUUCCUGUUCUUCUGGGGCGUGGUGUUCCUGCUGUCCACGACGCUUGUGGCCAUUUUCAAGAGGGAAAACGUGCGCGGCAAAGGGAAGAGGAGAGUCCCGCCGCCGGAGGAGACGCAGGGAGUCCUGGAGACCUACAGGCUGCUGUUCUCCAUCAUCAAGAUGCCGACGGUCUUCACCUUCUGCUCCCUUCUGCUCACCGCCAAAAUCGGCUUCUCCGCAGCAGACGCGGUGACAGGUCUGAAGCUGGUGGAGGCCGGCGUUCCCAAGGAGCAGCUGGCGUUGCUAGCGGUUCCCAUGGUGCCGCUGCAGAUUCUGCUGCCGAUCGUCAUCAGUAAAUACACAGCGGGGCCGCGACCGCUGGACGUCUUCUACAAGGCCUUUCCCGUCAGGUUGCUCAUCGGCCUUGGUUUCGCUCUCCUGGUGUGGUGGACGCCGAGUGUGAAACAAGAUGGAGGUUUCCCCGUCUACUACUUCAUCAUCGUGCUACUCAGCUACGCAGCUCAUCAGGUGGCGUUGUACAGCAUGUACGUGGCCUGCAUGGCCUUCCACGCCAAAGUGAGCGACCCGCUCAUCGGCGGCACGUACAUGACGCUGCUGAACACCGUCACCAACCUGGGGGGGAACUGGCCGUCCACUCUGGCCCUGUGGAUGGUGGAUCCGCUCACCUCCAAGGCCUGCGAGGGAACGUCGGGGCAGAGCUGCGGCUCCGCAGAGGAGGCCGGGCUGUGCGUUCAGGAAGGCGGCGUCUGCGUGACCACGCUGGACGGCUACUACGUGGAGUCGGUGGUGUGCAUGCUGAUCGGUCUGGCCUGGUGGGUGUGGCUGGGGAAGAAGAUGCGGCGGCUGCAGGACCAGAGCCCGGCGGCCUGGAGGUGCAGAGUGAACCAGUGACGACUCGUAAAUGAACUCGCUGACUGAUCCUCCAAACAACCAAACACUAGAAACACUUUUCAUUCCAUCCUCUUCACACUCUCUCACCUCUGUCACCUUAAAGCACAUCACAGAUGUGUUACUGUAAGUGUAACCGUUCAGCCUGGUUUGGUACUUUUGUAGAAAGAUUAAAAUGUUUUCGUUUUUUCGUCUCCUCUCAAAACACAACCUGCUACUUGAACUAGCUUCACCAAACCAGCGCCGAGUCAAAGAGGUUUAUCUCACACGAAUUACCAGACGGUCGACUUUGACAGCAGCAAAAAAUAUACAUUUAUAUUUAUUUUUAAUGUGAGCCCUCCCAAUGUUUAGAAAGUGAUUUUAAAGCCCCAGUGUGUAAUUUUUGUGAUUUUCUGGCGCCAUCUGGUGGUAAAGUUGCAAAAAACGCAACCAACGGAGCGACCGACAGGGGACACUAUGGUGUCGCACCACUGAUUCCACUUCCUG